AUGAAGACGUUCCACAGACUCAUCAUCUUCUUCCUGUAUUUCCACAAAUGUGUACCAGUGGAUUCCAGUAAAAACAUCAUAACAGAAGUGGAGAAGAAGAUUAUUCUGCCGUGUGGGGUGGUUUCAAAGGGGGACAUUGCAUGGCUUAAGAAUGGAGCCUCAGUCCUCAAAUACAUAAAAAACCAGAAGUACACAAGUAACCUUUUAAAAGAUUCAAACCGUUUCAAUGUAUAUGACCAUUCAUUCAACAAAUGACCUGGAAGUGAGUAAUGUGCAGAUCAGCGAUUCAGGGAAUUACACUUGCGAGAAAGACAAGGCCAUUCUUCGCAGAGUGCAACUCAUAGUCUUUGAAGUGUCAGCAAAACCUUCCAAAAACCUCAUGUCAUCGGAGGACCUGAAACUGACGUUGUCUCCAGAGAAUGUCCCGGGUCUUCAGGUCCGUUGGACGAAGGGUGACCACGAGCAUCUUGCAGGA